AUGGCGGCAAUGUUCACAGACUCGCCUUCUGCAUCUUCGCACAGGUCUUUCCCAGGAUCGUGGAAAGGACAAGGAGUAUCCAAUGAGGCUAGCUUCUUUGUGCCACGCCCACGUGUCUCGGUAGCCACGCCGCCGGUCAGCGACCUAGAGCUCAACGUAAGGCUCCGCGCUCGUGAGAAGAACUGGGGCAGCCGCGAGUCAUCCUGGUUGGUGAAGAACGCUUUCGCAGCUUGGCGGUCUACGCUCCCGUGUUGCGUCUCCGUUCGGACGACGCCCACGGAACCAGUAGUUCGGGACCGGCAGAUGUUCGACUUGCAGCGUUCGCUGGUGGCAAAGGAGGCUCAGAUCGAAUAUUUCGAGCAACAAGCCAGGACGAGCCGGGCAGCUUCCCGCUCUCCCAGCGACCCCGUGUUGCUCGGGUGGGGCUUCGUCAGCUUCGCUCGGAACUGGCUACAGGCCCGGCUGGAGCGCGUCGCAUCAUCUGAGAGCUCUACCAGGUUCAUGAAAGAGAAGCUCUCUGCAGCUGAGGACCGAGCGAUGAAAACCGAGAAGCAGCUUUUGCAGGCGCGCAAUGACUUAAGCGAGAUGGAGUUGCGCCUGUCGAUGUCCGGGGAUCGCCACAACUCCUUGGAGGAGCAGCUGCGGAUCGCAGGGCAGCGAGGGCGGCAGAUGGAGCAGCUGUUGACUUCAGCGGAGACGCAGACUCGGCGAUUGGAGGAAGAGCUGAAAGUGGCUCACGAUGCUGAGCUACGCAUGAAGGAGCGCUUCUUCCAGCUACAGGAGGCGACAGGGCAAGCGAAAGAGGCCACUUCCAGUGCGUUGUUCCUCGCGAGGAUCACCGUCGCCUGGCACCGGAGAUGCCGAGCCAAGCAACUCGCCCGGAGGGCGGCUCUGUCCUGUUGCGAGAGAAGCACAGGGCGACUGCAGGCCUGUGUCCUGGGUCUGUGGCAGCGUGCAGCUGCAGCACAACGCGCAGCACGUGACGAGGCUUCUGCUGUUCAGACGACGGGGCGCUCGGCGCGGCAAAGGGGUGCACAGAUCGCGAACCGGCUUGAACUCCGGUCCUGGCUCCGGCUUCUGCUGCUCCGGGCGAUGCUGCGCUGGCGCAGAGUCUCCGCUGAGCUCAGGGCAACGCGCUUCACCGCUGCGAAGAUGAUUGCUGGACAGAGAAGGCCGCUGGAAGCCGCCAUCCUGCUCUAUUGGCACAAAGUAUGCCUUCACGGACGAUGCAAGCGAGCGGCCACGGCCAGCGAGUUGCGGAGCGCCCAGCUAGCUGAGCGGGGAGCCGCUGCUGCCCUGGCGCUGGCCGCAAGCAAUGCGCGGGCGCUGCAGGCAGCCAUCUUGGGCUUCUGGCAUCAGCAGCUGCUGGCAGCGCGCGGGAGCCGAGAAGCGGCGCGCGUAGGGGCCAAGGAGCGAGAGCUUCUCCUGCGAAGGGGCACCUCGGCAGCCGCAGUCCUGGCUUCGCGCAGCAAGCGCGGCGCGGCUGCCGUGGCGCUUGGCGGCUGGAAAGGUUUUGUCGCAUCGCGCCGGCGGCGCAUGCAGCUCCGACAGCGCAGUGAGGUGGCAGCAGCAGCCAUGCAGGCGUUAAGUGCGAAGAUGCUGCUGCAUUCGAUAUUGCUUUCCUGGCGCACGAGGAUAUCAGAGAAGCGUUCAGCAAAGUCUGUCGAGGAGGUCACCCGUCGCCACCGGCAGCUGCUCGCGGAGCGAGGUGCAAAGGCGGCAGCAGCCCUGGCGCCCCGCGGCGGGCGCGCACAGCUUGGCUUACACCUCCGCGCGUGGCAUGACCUGGCUGCCCGAGGCGGCCACAAGCAGGCUUUGCGUAGCCGUGGGGCAGCUGCGGUGGCGGCACUUGAGGUUGGCCACGCACGAAGCUUGCUCGGAACUUUGAUGGGCCUUUGGAGAUCUCUCCUCAAAGACAAGGCCUCCUGGCAAAAGCUUCGUCAGCGGGGCGCCCGCGUCAUGGACCUACACCGUGAACGAGGCGCAGAGCGCUUUCUGCGGAUCCUCCUCAGCACUUGGGCCUCUGAGGGCCGAGCUGCGGCACGGCGCUGUGCCGCGGCGCUGGCUCGCGGAGGUAGCAACGUUGCCAGGGUGGCGUUUCAAGGCUGGAUGCAAGUAAUUCGAGAGCACCACAUGCACUCGGCACGAAUUGAGCUGGAUCAGCUCCGAAGGAGGCUGGUUUUGCGUGGCAGCCAAGCUGCCUGCGCCAUGGGCAGGAAUUGCGACCGCGGCCUGCUUGCAGAAUGUUUGAACGCUUGGCAGCAGGUUUGCGUGAUCGAGCGCCAUCAGGUCAGCCUUGACAGCACCCAUGAGAGGCUCCGCGAGCUGUUUCUACAGCGGUCGCACGGAAUGAUCGGCUUUCAGCAGAUGCGAGGCCAGCCUCUCCCCUUCCUCCGGGCAACACUCGGGGCCUGGCGCGGCGCCGCCGCCCGCGGCAGCGCAGCGCGGAAGGCCGCAGCAGCUUUGGCAUCCUCGACGAGGCAGCUGCUAGCCGCAACUGUUGCUAUCGCCUGGCACCAGGAAGCCGCACGCAGGAGGUUUCGACGAAGAUUGGCCGCUCGAAGAUCCGACUUCGUCGCCUCCUUCCUGGGACAAAGCUCCCGGGCGCUACUCCGGGAGCUCCUGAAGGAGUGGCGUCGCUACGCGGCCUCCAAGGCCUUAGCUUGCGCCUGGGGAGGGCGCCAGCAGAAGGAGGGAGGCCGCCGUCAGCUCAGCUGUGCGUUUGCGGCUUGGCAGCAGCGACGUGAGGCUUUGCUCACUGCGCGUCGCGCGGCCUUUCGGUUAUGUGACCACAGCACCACCAUGCUGCUUCAAGGCACAUUGGCCGCUUGGCUCAAUGCACGUGCCGCUUUAGCCGCAGAGCUUCGCCUACGUUCUGCCGAGGAUGACGCUGCGGCGGUGCUCCGACUUCGCGGGGAGAAGUUCGUCUUGUGGCACAUGGUCGGAGGGCUGCGUCCGCUUGUGCACCGGGGGCUGCUUGCCUGGGCUCGCUUGGCCGGCAAGAGAGGCGCCAGAAAGCGGACGGCCAUGGUCCUCUUGAGAGGCUCGGAUCGAGGUAUCCAGGCCGCCUGUCUCUUCGCGUGGCAUCGGAGACUCUUCGUCUGGCGGCGGGUUGCGUACCUGGCACAAGUCACACUUGCGAAGCCGGACAAGGAGCUCCUUCGCGGUGCACUGGCAUCCUGGAUAGAGGCACACCGAUGGCAAGAAGGUCACCGCGUUGCUAAAGCCGCCCUUCGAGGGCAAGUGGCAGAUGCAGCCGGUUGGCAUGCAUCCCGUCAUCAGCGCCUCCAUCUGCUUGGCCGACAUUUCUGGAGCUGGCAAGGACGGCGCAGGGGCCACGAGGUGGUAGCUGCUGCACUUCAAGCUUUCUUCUUGCAGCGCGACCAGAACGCGGUUGCCGCGAUGUUUACCCACUGGCAUCGGGUUCUGCAGAAUGUCUCGAGUCGACGGGCUCUGGGUGAGCAGGAGGCAUCGCUGCUCUCCCGACUUCACCGGCGUGGGCGUAUUUUGGCCGCCUUGGUAGCAGCUGGUAGCCGCCUGGGAGCAGCCCGGGAGGUAUUCGAGGCCUGGGCUCGCCGCCGUCGCGCCGUGGCUGCUGGCCGCCGUGCCGCACGGCGCCGGUGCGCCGAAACCACGGGUGCUGCAGUCGCCGCAGUAUUUUCUGAGUGGCACAGAGCAAGUGCCUCGGUACAGAAGUGGCGACUACUCCAGGAUCGCCAAGCUUGCGUGGCAGAUCUCCGAGAUCGAAGCCUGCGUCUCUUGGACCGGCGAGGCAUCGGAGAGUGUCCAGCAUUGCUGCAGUCGGCGAUGUUGGCUUGGGCGAAGGCAGCCUGUGGCCGCAAAGCGGCAGAGCGCGGGGCGGCUGCACUCACUGCUGCGUCGACAGCGUUGCUUCUGGGCCAGGUCAUCUUCCGCUGGCGCGAGCAGUGUGCUCUCGUGCGUCGGGCCGUGAACGACCGAGAGAAAGUUCAGAGCCAAGGAGACGUCAAGGCUCGUGGCUUCAGCGCGGCUCAAGUUCUCGCGGCACAAGGUUCCCGAGCGCUCCGCGCACAGGUCUUCCUUGCCUGGAGGACAAUGCUACGUCGGCCCCAGCAGGCGGUGCUGGCGCUUUGGGCACCACGAAAGGCCGCGCGCUGGCUCAGAGCAAGGCUUUUCGCAUCCUGGCGCCUUAUGGCAGCCCAGCUGAAUUCUGGGCGCCGGAUAGCGGCUGCCAAAGCCAUUGGAGGCCAAGCCUCCAUGGCGCGUGCAGCUUUUGCCGCCCUCCAAAACGUUGCUGCAGAGGGCCGUGUCGCGGCCGUGGAGGAGCUCGCAUGCUCGCAGCUCACCGACCUGGUCGACUGGCAAGGCGACCGAUGGCGCAACAGGCUCGUGGCAUCAAAGCUCUUCGCCGCAUGGCGGAAUGCCGUGCUGCGGCUUUCCUUCGUGCUGCAUGCGGCCUUGAGCCGCGAACUCCAAGGCUACUGGUGGCUCCGCAAUGCCGUGUUCGGGCAGUGGAGGCUGCAGCUACAGCGGAGCCGGGAGGACAGCGCCCGCGAAGCUCACCAGGAGCUCCGACAGCAGCUGCAGUGGCAGGGGACCGUCGCCUUCGCAGCACGCCGUGUGGGCGAAGAUGUUGCGCGGAAGUCCCGUCUCUUCCGUGCCUGGGCCCAGCGCACCUCGGCCUUCCGCGCGGCAGCGCUUCAGGGGCAGCGCCUGCGCCGAGGAGGCAUCAUGAUGAUCGCGACUCAAGCGCUGGGAUCGUGGCGUUUGGUAUGCAAGGAACAGCAGUGGAACUUCAAGCAGCAGGAGCUUGCAGACCUCUUAGCCGAAGCCGGAACCCAGCUGAUGCAGGCCGGUGGUUUGGAGAUGGAAAGGCGGAGGGCGCUCAUUCCUGGAAGGCGUCUUGCACUCCACCUCACAUUUCUCACGCUGCAGGCUUGCGCUGCUCGCGCAUUUGAUGCAUGGCGUCGCAAUUUGCUUCUCCAGCGUUCCGAGCAACACCAGGCGCUUGCCUGCCUUCGGUUCUGGCGUGCAGCCAGUGUGCAGCGUCGCAGGGCCAUCGCUGGAGCAGUCAGGUUCCGACAGCGGCGCUGGGUGCGGCUACUGACCGCCGCAUGUCGGCUCUGGGCCCUCGAGGCUGCAAGAAAUGCCGGGCCAGAGACAUCUUGCACGCAAUGCGGCAAUGUCUACAUGGCAGACGCGCUGUACUGCCGGAACUGUGGCCUCCGACGCCAGGCCCGGAGCAACUCGCCUUCCAAGCGGCUGCUGUCAGAGCAUCUCAGGGGGACGGCUUCUCCUGAACCCUACGAGUAUGUGUUGCAGAGACCGCCUCCGGAUGGGAGCCAGCCGCUGGUUGCUAGGCCUCUGUUCACGUCUUCAACCCCUCCAACACCAGGGACGCCGUGGCGUUUAGGCUCAGAGGCUGCACCACGGCCGCUGACGCCGGCGCAGGACAGUCUUUUGCAGCAGCUCUUGAAGCAGACAGCUCUGCUCACCCAGCUGGUGUGUGCCCCAGCAACAGAAAGGCAGCCUUCUCAGACAGCCGCUACUCAGCAGGCACCUGCAGAGGCAGUUCUUGUAGAAGCAGAGGCAGCAGCGCCUUCAGAGCCUGGGUCUGCGAGAGAGCGACGACAGAAACGGCAGGGAGAGGCUUUGCGGAAACUAGAAGCAGAGGCAGCCUCGGAGAGGAAGAGCCCUCCCAAGACCCCGCAGCCAGCCUUCCCAAGACUUCCACCAUGGCAGGGGCCCUCGAGACAGGACAGCCAGAAGAGCUUGGGGUCUAGCUCGGCCAAGACGCCAACCCCCAGGAAGCUGUUUCAGACCCCAGGCAGCGAGGAAUGCUUCUUCAGAGACAGACAGCUGGAAGACUUGAAGGAAGACCUCAGGACGCCCAGUCCGGUAGCAGCCAACAUCCGGAUAGACUGGAUGUUUGGCAAGUCGGCUGAGAAGACAGCCAAGCGAGAUCUGGAGCGAGAUCUUUCCGCAAAGUCUGGUCACCAGCCAGCGAAGGUCUGUGUCCUGAGAGGCCGAAAAAAGGGAGGCAGACCCAAGGGAGCCACAGACAAGGCUGCUCGCCCAGUCAACGGUCUCAGAAAGGAACGGGCAGACGUGUCAGCCGUGGGCAAGCUCAAGCUUUUCCAGCAGGCAGACGAGCUCGUCGCCAACACAGGCUCCAAGAGAGGUGCCGUCAGACGCCUGCAGGCGGACUUUGGCAUCAGCGAGAGCAUGGCACAGGAGCUCCUGUGGCCAGCCAAGAGAGCCAAGGUGGAGCAGUUCGUCGAAAGCACUCCUCAAGGCCAAGACGGGCUCAGGAUCGCAGUCAGGGAAGCCGAGGAGAAGGCAGGCAGUUUGACGCCCGAGGCAGCCAAGGAGCUGAGACUGGAGGUGUCCUGGAGGCUGUGGGACCAGGCACUCCAGGCAGCCGCAGACCCGGCAGGCAGUCAGACUUUGGCAGUCGCUGAGCAGACGGGCAGCUCCAUCCUGGUCGUCUACGGACAGGAUUGCAGGUUGGAAAACAUCUGCAGCCAGACAGGCACCUGCCUCACAGACGAGGAGUUCUAUGUCCGAGGCAGACACUUCGUCAGACGUGCAGGCGAGGCAGUCCCAGACCAGGCUGUACAGGGCUCAGCGAAUGCUGCUCUAGCCAGGACCCAGUGCUCAGACAUCUGCAAGAUUGGCGGAAGGCGAAAGGCAGACGAUCAGCAAACAAUGCUCCAGCAGAUCGCUCGCAAAGACCAGGCCAAGGACCAGGCCAGGCAGCAGCAGGCAAAGCAGGUCGUGCUAGCCAGUCUCAGAGGCCAGCUCGUCCAGCUGCUGCAGUCCAAGUCCGGGCAGCCUCAGGAGCUUCAGUCAGAGGAGAAGCACCUUGCAGGCUUGGCUCCUUACAAGAAAGGAGAGCUGCUCACAGACUCGCAGCUUCAGGCAGGUCUUCGAGUGGAGCUCAGCGCUGGAGACUAUCCAACAGGACUGCACGUCUUGCUGCCAGCGCAGCUGGAGGUCAUCCUGCAGACACAGGAGCUUCCGCAGGAGCUCCUGUCAGAGCUCCAGGCGGCUCCAGAUGUGGCCAGGCCGAUGCUGCUGCUUGCACUGGUGCACAGCCAGCCUCCCAGACACUACUCCCUGGUCGUGCUGGAAAGACAGGCAGACAAGCAGCUCGCUUUGAGCUUGCGAGACACUCUGCCUAGCGAGGCUUCUUACGAGAAGUGCAGGCAGCUGCAGCAUCCAAGUAGCACCUUCUCCGGCGUGAGAGAGACCUAUACGCCGGCUCCUACCCAGCCUCCGGAGGAGGCAAGGGCGGAAGCGCACCAGGCCCGUGCAGAUGCAAAGUCGGAGCCGAAGGAGGAGGCUUCUGUCCGCUUUGAGGAGCCUGCCGUCCUCAACAGGGACGAUCCCAGCGCGGCCAAUGUCAGCGCACCACUGUUGAAGUCGGAGGAUGUCGAGAGAGCCGAGGCCGAUGAGGCACCUCAGAAAGAGGAGAAGCCGAUGCCAUGGGCACGAUUUGCAGGGCUUUGGAUUUGCUGCAGCUUGGCCGCUGGCGUACUCCCUGGGCAGUCCCUCUUCGCGGAGAUGUUUGCGAAUGCCGGCGUCUACAGCUCCAGCUGCGAGGAUGGAAAGCCUGGCUGUACCGAUCAGUUCCUCGUGCUGACAUCCAUCUUCGGCGUCGGGCAAAGCAUUGCCUACGGCUUCUCCGCACCCAUUGGCUUGCUUUACGACCGAUGGGGUGCGAUGAUCACCGGCACCGUGGGGGCGCUGAUUUGUGCAGUUGGCAUGCUGCUGGUGUCCGGAUCUGUCAUGGGUGCUGCGGCAGGGUAUGAUUCUACGACAUCCUACCUUUUCUUGGUCGGCACCCUCACAUGCGACUUCGGAUCGCUUCUGAACAGUUUUUCCUUCAUGGGCCUGAUCUGGCACUUUCCUGGCAAACAGACGAGAGUCAUUGCGCUCAUCAAUGCCACUUACCAGGCGUCGGCGAUGCUGCCGAUUCUGAUAGAAGCUGGUAUGCGGAACUAUGAUCUCUCCCUCUCUUCGAUCAUGCUUGGCUGGACUGUGGUCACCUUCGUCACCGUGUACUUCUGCUGGGUGCUCAUUCCUUCUCAGGCGGAAUACUAUGAGCAGGCUAAGAAAGUUCUCGGCAUGCCGCUUCCCAAGCCUCCCACUGAGAUGAGAGUGAAAGAGAUGCUCUGGCGUGCCGUUGAGGUGCUGCAGCAGAACCAAAAGGAGCAUUUGGUGUCCGCCUGCGCUUUGGCAACGGGUUUGGCGAUGCCUGGGUUCUACUCCUCUCUUGCUGCUCCCUAUGGCGAGGCACUCUUUGGCCACAAAGCAGACGGAGAGAGGCUGGCUCAGAUCAACGUCACGUGCACGACCAUUGUGGGCUUGGCCUUUGGCCCCUUUGUGGGAACCUUUGCCGACGCCUUCGGCCUGGAGGCACUUAUCAUCAUUUUCGGCUUUCUCAUGGCCGUGGCAGCAGGAUCGAUGCCAUUCGCGAGCUGGCCCCUUCAGAUCGUUUGUGCAGUUGCUCUUGUUCUGUACAUGGCUCUGUGGGCCAUCUUCAUUUCCCGGUAUCUCCUCCUCUACUCGCCUCCCAACCGCAUUGGGGCAACGCAAGGAGUCUACUCUCUCGGUGUUGUUAUGAUUGGUCUGCCUUGGCAGAUGCUGGGGAUCGGAGCCACCUCGGUGCUUCCGAAAGGCCCAGACGCAUAUCGAAUUCCGAUGUGGGUGUUUGCUGCAAUGGGCAUUCUGGCCAUGAGCUUGUAUGCCUGCUUCUACCGAAAGAACCCUCCACCGGAAGUCCCUCCUUUGUUGCCGGAGGACGAAGCAGAGUUAGCCAAGGGCUUCGGCUGUGGCAACCUGGACGAGGUCUGUGAAGUCACGAAUACGAAGACCAAAGCUGAGUUGAUCAGGAAAUUGGCAUCCUCGAACCCGGAGGAUAUGCAAAGCCUCAUCAAGAGCAUCGACACGCAAAAGAUGAUGGAGAUGAUGGCACGACGCCCUGUGGAGGACAUCGCUGACAUGAUGGAGGAGAACGACGGCGGGGACGACGAGCCAGAAGAGGAGGAGGAGGAGCCGUCGGCGCCCGCUGCCGCAGAGGAGGCUCCUCCGGAAAAAGCAUCUGCACCUGCCGAGGCUAGCGGCGAGUCCCCGAUCCGGACGAGAAGCAGAUACCUGGCCGAGAAAGUGAAUGCAGGUGACAAGGAGGCUGUUAGGCACUAUCUUCUGAACGAGCCCGUGGACGACAUGUGGAACAUCCAGCUGGACCUAGAGGAGUGGCAGACGAAGGCAGAGCAAAAAGCGCUUGACAAGGCCUUCAACAAGCUCAUUCCUGGCAAGGACAACUUGUGA